UCUAUAAAAGGAACCCAUUCCCCAUAAUACAAAGUGCAACACCCAACAACAAGAUUCUUCUAUCUUUCAUACUUUGGAGCUAUUUCAUUAUUUUUUUCUUUUCUUACCUAAUUUCUUGUUACACCCAAAAACAUCAUGCCUGCCUAUGAUAGCACUUCACUACUCUCCGGCGCCGAUCAAACCGUCUGCGUCACCGGCGCCGGCGGGUUUAUAGCUUCUUGGCUUGUCAAACUUCUCUUGGAAAAAGGUUACACUGUUAGAGGAACCCUAAGAAACCCUGAGGAUCCAAAGAAUGCUCAUUUGAAAGAGUUGGAAGGAGCAAAAGAGAGAUUAAGUUUGCAUAAGGUUGAUCUUCUUGAUCUUAAUUCUAUUCAAUCUGUUGUUCAUGGUUGCCAUGGUGUAUUCCACACAGCUUCUCCGGUCACCGAUAACCCUGAUGAGAUGUUGGAACCAGCAAUAAAUGGAACAAAGAAUGUGAUAGUAGCUUCCGCGGAAGCGAAAGUGAGACGCGUCGUGUUCACUUCAUCGAUUGGAACGGUUUAUAUGGACCCAAAUACGAGUAGAGAUGUUGUCGUUGAUGAGUCGUAUUGGAGUGAUUUAGAAUAUUGCAAGAACACAAAGAAUUGGUAUUGUUAUGGGAAGACAGUGGCGGAACAAUCUGCAUGGAAAAUAGCAAAAGAGAAUGAAGUUGAUUUGGUUGUAGUGAACCCGGUUUUGGUUCUUGGACCGUUACUACAAGAAACCAUAAAUGCUAGUACAAUUCAUAUCUUAAAGUAUCUUAAUGGUUCAGCAAAAACAUAUGUGAAUGCGACACAAUGUUAUGUUGAUGUUAAGGAUGUUGCAUUAGCACACAUUCUUGUUUAUGAGACAGAUUCUGCUUCUGGUAGAUACAUUUGUUCGGAAACUUCUUUGCAUCGUGGUGAACUUGUUGAAAUUUUGGCCAAGUAUUUUCCAGAGUAUCCACUUCCUACCAAAUGUUCUGAUGAAAAGAAUCCAAGAGUGAAACCAUACAUAUAUUCUAAUAAAAAGUUGAAGGAUUUGGGAUUGGAAUUCACUCCUGUGAAGCAAUGUUUAUAUGACACAGUUAGGAGUCUACAAGAGAAAGGACACCUUGCUAUUCCACCAAUGCAAGAAGACUCUGUUUAAGUUCAAUCAAAUAUGCUAGAGUUUAAAGUUAUAAAGUUAUUAAAUUAUAACUUUUUUUUUAAUUCUUUUUACCAUAUUUUCGAUUUGUAUUUUAAUUAAUGUAUCUAUUUGUAAUGUUUUUUAAGUUAAAUUAAAGUUGCGAGAUUGGUACUA